ACACCUGUUUGGCCGGUCAGUCCGCUGUCUGAUUGGUAGACUGACUGACGCUCUCCGGCCACGACUUUCGCGUCUUUCAAAGAAGACAGGCGUGAGAAAGUUCGAGUUCUCUUAAACCAGGGUUCACCCCAUUGGCCCCAAAAUAGUUAUAAGCUGAGAAGGAUCGACUUUCUGAACCAAUUGAAUCUGAUUCUGAGUCGGGGAACAAUGCAUUAGCCAUAUCGAGAAUGUUGAAGUAAGGUGAAAAAUAAUACCCAAACCAACGCAUCCUCGAAUGAAUCCCAUCCAAAUGGGUUUGUUUGAUCAAUACUUUUACCGUAGAUGAUGGUUUUCUGGUGAUUGUGAUGGAAGGGAUUGAAUCUGUUGGCAAAGACAAACCAGAGAUUGCGAGCGCCGAAUUGAAACAACGUGUCGUUCAGGCGUUUCAAAUAUUUGAUCACGAUCAAACCAAUUCUGUGGAUGUGCGCGAAAUUGGAACCAUUAUUCGAUCAUUGGGUUUAUGCCCAGAUGAAACUGAAUUGCAAAGUGUGGUCCAAGAAAUGGAAGAUACCACACAGGAGGGUGUGGUCAGCCUGGAUCGAUUCACACCGGUGGUACUCAAAAUCAUUGCCGAUCAACGAUAUCGAUCUGCUCCGAUUGACGAUUUGUUAACGGCCUUUCAAGUGCUGGACGUGGACGGCAAAGGUCAUUUAAGUGAGGAUGAGCUGAGGAGGUACUUCCAAUACAAGGGCGAGGUUUUCCAACCCGAUGAAAUGGAGGAACUUUUCAACGCCGCCUUCGACAACCAAUCCAAGGUCGUAAACUACGAAAGUUUUGUUCAUCUAUUAGCCAUUGAGGACGACAAUCUGUCCUAAAAACUGAAAAUACACGCAGAGCUGCAAGGGCAUCUUUGUAGGACAACCAUUUGUUGAUUUUAUACUCCUGUUCAGUUGAACUGAGAUAACGAUCCUUCAAACUGACAAUGACGAUUCCUGAUAGUGAUUUGUCAUGCUUUGUUUCUAGAACAGCGAAAGUCGAGUUUUAUUUUUGAGAGAAAGAUAAUUGGGAUGAUUGCAUGUUUGUUCACUUCAGUUAAUCAUGUACAGUUCUGAGCUUGCCGGUCAGCUGGUACAGCUUUUGUUCAGGCAGCCCGGCACUUCUGUCUAGAGCUUCAAUAAAGAACCAUCUCCUCCAACACUUAACUCUUUACCACUCUUCACGAUCAUGCGAAUAAUGAUGAUUAAAAAUUAUGAUUCACUCAAGAUAAGCAUUUACGCAAAAGAACGUUGGUGUCCUUGAGGACCAAGAGAAAAAGAAUGGAGCUCAAAAAAAUUACUCAAAAAUCGUACCGAUGCUAACCAAAACAGGUUGAAUAGGUUCGAGAGAACUCAAAGUUGCAGCAUUAACAAUACUUGCUCGUCCUUCGAUAGCAACUUAAAGUCAGUUUCUCGAUACUUUCGAGAAACAAUGAAGAAGAUUGCCAUUAAGCCUUUACUUUUUAAUUUGAGCCAAAAACUAUGUCAAAAAUUCGAACAAAACAAAUGACUCGACUACGUUAGGUAAGCAAAUCAGAAAACAGGGACUACUCAUUCUUCAGUAGAGGCCGGAUCUAAUAAACAAUAAAAAGUGAAAAAUGUUACAAACAUAUUAGGGAUUUUCCUUUUUCAGCAUGCAACCAUUAACCCCUGACAAUUUCAAAAAGUAACGCAUCAUAAUUGUUUUAGUAAUCUUGUUGCUGCUUAUGAAAAUAUUGAUGUUUUUCAUUGAUUCGUGCCCAACAAGUUUGAGUUUAACUGGGCAUAACUUUAUUUCAUUUUCCAAAGAAAAUUAAAGACUAUUGGAAAAUUAUAGUUUUAGCUCUUUUAUAGCAUAAGCAAGUGCAACACUUGUUUUUGUACAUUAGACAUGACAUUUACCUCGCAUUAAUCUAUGUUCAUGAUAUUUCACUCGUAACUUAAAUCAUUGCCUUUUCAUAUUUUCCUUUCUGACACACAACCUAAAUUAUAGAACGCGAAAAACAUUUUCAUGGUAGCGAUAUUCAAUUCUGCUAUAAUGGGAGCUCAAUUUGAAACUUGAGAAUCGCCAAAAUCAACCGAAUAUAGAAUUAUCUUGCAUUCAGUCUUGCAACUUUUUAUUGAAUUCAAUUGAUACUUCAUUUGAUGUUAUAUUACUUAUCAUAUUCUAGCACUUCUAAUUCAAUUUCUUGACCUUGAUUUUUGAAGUUUUGGCGCUAAGAAAACAUGCAAAUUUGUUAAGAAAUUUGAAGCUUCUAUCCUCAUUUAAAAAGAAGGUUAUUCAAUAUUUAGAUUUCACAAACAAAUCAUACCCAUGGCAAUCACACAACAACGAUUUUUUAACCGCGGACUUCUAGGGAUGUGAACUGCAAACGGAAGCCAAAAUUUCGUAUAUCCUAAACCGUUCUUCUUAUUCCAAAUAAGCACUUCAUGCGACCACAAGACCUUGAUGAUAAGAUGAACUUGGCCAAAUUUCAGCUCAAACUUAUGCUUAAGAAAUUCAGGAGACAGGAUCAAAGUUAUGUAGCAAACAAUACAUGAAAUUCGAUUUUUCGGCCUGCUCUUGGUCAGCUACAUAAGCUUUUGACAACAUAACUUUGAAACGAUCCACUUUUCAAGUAAAUGAUAUAAAAAUGACCUACUUGUGAUUGAGGAGAUCUACAUUCCUUUUUUCAUGACUUUAAUUCGAGAAGGGGCUCAGAGUUGCUAUGAAAAGAGUCCAUAUUUCUAGAAGUUCGUGGAUUAACAUGAAUUGCCAUUGAAUGAACGGCAGUGCAAAUUAUCAUUCGUGAGAAGGGAAAUUCCUUCUUUGAUUCCGUUCCCGUUUUUUUCAAGUACUGUGUCUAAAGUUAACAACCUUGGAAAUACAACUAUCCCAUUUGUUGCGUAUUUCAACUCAUUAUGUGCUUCCUUCGAUUCCCAGUUUAGUUGAACGUCCUAAGGUAUUUUUGAAAAAGUAAAGUAUCAGCAACUGAAAAACGUUUUGAUGCAUCGCAUAAUCGACUUUUUUUUUGACCAAUUGGCGACCAUGUAAAUGCAAUGUUUAUGGUGAAUAGUUUUUGUAAUGUUAUUUCUAUAUAAAUUCAGCAACCAAAAUAAUGUUUGACUCAUCGCAAACUGAACACUACGAAUGCCAGCUCUAUCGUGGUUUUAUUUUGUCAUUGUCCCUCUAGCUGUCAAAAUGCACAAACUUCAGUCAUAAAGAACAAAUCACAAAAGUUCUGAUGAAGGCUGACGAAACAUCAACAAAAAAUCCCAUCAUGUGAAAAUCAAUUUUAAGCACUUUGGAAUAAUUGGCUCAUAUAAAUUCAACAACCCCAUAUUUCGGCAAAUCCUCAUCGUGCGUUUUGCUUGAAAUUAUGGGAUCAGAACACCAAUCUACGUCAAAAGUACUUGUAGGACGAGCCAAGCUUAAGAAGUCUGAAUACACAGAUGUAGCCACACUGGAUUAUAAAGUAGCGUUUUGUUAUGUCAGCGAUACCUAAAAUACCUUACUUAAGCGAAAAGAUUUCUAGCAACAACACAAAAGCCAGAUGAAUAUCAAUAUGAUUUUUAUCAUAAUUCAAAGCAAUUCCAUUUAUCGCAAUUUCAAGAUAUCAAUGAAUUACCUUAUGUCCAAAAAUCACAUCAGUUGUGUUUUCCAGCUUUUGCAUAAAAUGCAACAUAUAACUAUGGACUAGAAAUAGCAGCAUACUAUUUCAUUUGUAUGUUUUCCUGCAUAUUACGUAAAAUCUUUAUUGCGAGAUUGUUUCUCAUGAAUUGGGUUGUUUAAAUACGAAUUAUAGCCUUUCAUUUUAAUAGUACUGGAGAUUACAUUCCCUGGAGCGGUUAGAAAAGCCCGUGAUAAAACAAACCAAAAAAUAAAUAAAUAAGUAUUUACAUUUACAGGCCAAUUCAAAAUGGCCUCACUUGAUAUUUAUUUUUGAAAUUCCGAACAAUCAUGUCAUUUACAAAUGAUCAUUUUACAAGAGAUUGUAUCCUGUAUGAUUGAUAACGCACCAACGCUUCGGCCAUCAUCAUUUUCAAUAAAAUAAUAAUAUGAAAGGCACUCUCUCGCAAGUUUAUGAUGUCAACUUUAAAAAGCGUCAUCUUUUCUGAACCUACCAAUAGCUUUUUUUGCACAAUUUGAUCAGCCAUAAAUAGUUCAGAGAAAAUUACCUGGCUGAAGUCAGCCAUCUUAGCGCGUAUUCUUGUAAUUCUCCGUUGGUUUGUCCGCAAUGAAAUGAGGGCGAAGAUUUAAGCUUAGUACUUUAGUAUCGAUUUAAGCUGUGCUGGUCCCAUCAGUUGACCAGCGUCACUCUUUUCUUCUGUCCAUUUUAUCAUCUAUACCCGGCUAAGGUGGCCUUAUCUUCCGGGCCAAGUCCGCCCUCCGCCCGGGCAGCUGUGCUGGGGCCUGGCUGGUGAGCAUGAGGCUAGACAGGCUAGAUAGAGGCUGGUGAUUUGGCCAGUGCGUGACUCGUUCAAAGAGAAUCGACAAAGGACCCUGAAGUCAUCUUGAGCCUCUCAAAACCCGGAUCCCGAGUGGACCAGUCCAAACCAAAACCAUUGAGGUCAAGGCAAGUUCUGCCUUCCCAUCUGCAUUCAUUCCCAGUCCGACCAUCGGGGUGGAACCAUGCCUUUGUUUGGAGGGGCCAGCCCUUUUGAGGCGGAUAUUG